UUGAAAAUUUCCCCUUUCACUUUCCAUUCUGUUGUUCUCCACCGUUAGAUUUCUCCUUCUCGAAAGAACUUUUAUUAGCCUUUCUACUUCUCCAUCCAUCAGUAAUUCCACCGUCUAACACCACCAAUCUCAAUUUCAAUUCAUUAGGUCCAUUUUUUUUUUUGUUUUUUGUGUAUAUGCUACUUUAAUUCAAUGAGUUUUUCCUGUAAUAAUAUCAGUUGUUUUCAGUUUCCUUCAACAUUUCAAACAAAUCUUAGUAUUCGCAGUAGAAGAACACUUCAUCGCCGAUGGAAGUAUCGGCGAUUAAAAUAUCAUCAUCAUCAUACAGUUCUAGCAAUUCAUAAUUUAAAUUUAAAUCCUAUACCAUUAGAAAAUCUAUUUCAAAACAUAUUUUCUCAAUUUCCUUCUGUAAAUUCACUCGAUUUAAUUGCUCCAGCCCUAGGUUUUAUAUCCGGUUUCGCUCUCCACGUGUCUCAAUCACAAACAUCAACAAAACUUCUAGAAACUUCUGGAGAAUGGAUCUUAUUUACUAGUCCAACGCCUUUUAAUCGAUUCGUGGUGCUACGUUGUCCAUCAAUUUCAUUUCAGGAUAAUAGUGAACUUAUCGGUGAUGUCAAUGAGAAGCUUGUGAAGGAAGACAGGCAUUUUGUGAGGUUAAAUAGUGGGAAAAUCAGGGAUUAUAGUGAGAGUAAUUGUGAUGAUGAGAAGUUGGUGUAUCAGAGAGUAUGUUUGAGUACGGAGGAUGGUGGAGUGGUGUCGUUAGAUUGGCCGGUGAAUUUGGAUAUGGAAGAAGAGUAUGCAUUGGAUUCGACGUUGGUGAUUGUUCCGGGAACAACUGAGGGAAGUAAUGAUAAGGAUAUUCGGGCGUUUGUUGUUGAGAGUUUGAGGAGAGGGUGUUUUCCUGUUGUUAUGAAUCCUAGAGGUUGUGCUGGUUCACCAUUGACAACUGCCCGGUUAUUUACAGCUGCUGACAGCGAUGAUAUCUCCACAGUUGUCAAAUUUAUCAACAAGAAAAGGCCGCGGACAACAAUAAUGAGUGUGGGCUGGGGUUAUGGCGCCAACAUGUUGACAAAGUAUCUGGCUGAAGUUGGAGAAAAAACACCUCUUACAGCUGCUACUUGCAUAAACAAUCCUUUUGACCUAGAGGAGGCAACAAGAGCCACUCCUUAUCACAUUGCUUUGGACCAAAAGCUCACACGUGGCUUAGUAGACAUAUUGCAAUCUAACAAGGUACUAUUUCAAGGUCGUGGAAAAGGCUUUGAUGUUGAAAAUGCUCUUUUGGCGACAUCUGUUAGGGACUUUGAGAAAGCAAUAUCAAUGGUGUCUUGUGGAUUUAAUUCUAUUGAAGAUUUCUAUGCAAAAUCCAGCACAAGGGAUGUGGUCGGCAAAGUAAAGAUUCCUCUUCUUUUUAUACAGAGCGAUGAAGGGUCAGUCCCCUUGUUCUCUGUUCCGCGCAGUUCAAUAGCAGAAAACCCGUACACAAGCCUACUCUUGUGCUCUUAUUCUCCACAUAAUGAAACGACAAAUAGCAGAUCAACUCUAUCUUGGUGCCAGCAUCUUACAAUUGAGUGGCUCACAGCUGUGGAGCUUGGACUUUUGAAAGGUCGUCAUCCUCUUCUGGAAGAUGUUGAUGUUACCAUCAAUCCAUCCAAAGGUCUUCCUCUAGUGGGUGGACCAUCUGAUAGAAGUCUUAGAUCAAACAAGCUCUUGAAUUAUCCUACCUCAGGUGCUUUAUAUGGUCGCUCCCAAGAUCCUUCACUGAAAAUACUUGAAGGAGGAGAUAGUGCAGCAACAAUUCAUUCAAGAUUUGAAAGAGAUCCAGGAAAAGAUCUUCGAAGCACUGGACAGCUACAAGAAACCUAUAGCACCUUACAAAAUGGUAGCGCUGAUGAUGCAGAAUCAGGAGAAGAGCAGACUGGAAGUCCUGUUGAUGGUGAAAGAGGCCAAAUGCUACAGACUGCAGAAUUAGUUAUGAAUAUGCUUGAUGUGACAAUGCCUGACACACUAACAGAAGAACAGAAGAAGAAGGUCCUGACGGCUGUCGGCCAAGGAGAGACAAUAAUGAAAGCUUUGCAAGAUGCUGUUCCUGAUGAUGUUCGUGGAAAGCUUACAACUGCUGUAUCUGGAAUUUUGCACAAUCAGGGUUCAAAUCUCAAAAUUGAUGGACUAUUAAGUCUUGGACGUAUUCCAAACGUGACGUCUAGCCUUAUGUCAAAGAUAGAAAAGGAUGGAGGAGUUUCAAGUGCAGAAGGUGGAAGUGAAACUUCUCAGUUAUCAGAUGCGAAGAAGAGGACUAAUGAUAUUUCAGAUGAACUUAAUACUAAUGGCUCAAGCACAGACAAGCAUUCUCAAGACCUUGUUUCAGAACCUAAGGCAGUGGAGAACGUGCAAAAAUCUGUAGAUACAGGUCAGUCUCAGGCAAUGAGUAGCCAUGAUGUUGAAGUUCCUGCUUUAGACAAGAAGGAGACAAAUGAUGUGGAGAAUAAUAAUCAAAGUGCAGAUCUUGCUCUAGAAAAAACUGCCCUAACUUCUGAUUACAGGGAAAACGUGUCAAAAGCUGGAGAUAAACUUGAGAGUUCAAGUCCACCUGAAGCGGAUGGUGGCACUGACAAAGUGAUUGCUGAGCAAUCCAAAGAACAGCAUGAUGGUGGCACUGACAGAGUGAUUGCUGAGCAAUCCAAAGAACAGCAUGAUGGUGGCAGUGACAGAGUGAUUGCUGAGCAAUCCAAAGAACAGCAUGAUGGUGGCACUGACAGAGUGAUUGCUGAGCAAUCCAAAAAACAGCAUGAUGGUGGCACUGACAGAGUGAUUGCUGAGCAAUCCAAAGAACAGCGUGAUGGUGAGAAAUAUCAGACGGACUUGAAAGAAGAGAUCUCUACCCAACAAAAGGAAGAAAAAACUCCUGACAUUAGUAGUGAUCAGAACAAGUCAACAUCUUCGCCCCCAACAGAGGAUAAAACAUCACUUGUGACAUCCCCUUCUGAGACCAACGUAAUAAAAAAUGAAGGUUCUGAUAAUGUCAAAAGAGAAGAAAGAAGUAAGCAGACCAGUUCAAAUCAAAUUAUUCCUAAUGCACCAAGCUUUGAUGUUUCUCAAGCAUUUGAUGCCCUGACUGGAAUUGAUGAUACAACUCAGGUGGCAGUUAAUAGUGUAUUUCAUGUACUUGAAGAUAUGAUUAAUCAGUUGGAUGGGGUAAAAGACACAGAAAGUGAAAUCAAGAAUGGAGACGAUAAAGAUGGACUUAAGAAAAGUGGAAUCAAGAAUGGGGACAAUGAAGAUGGACUUAAGGACAAAGACAAGGUUCUUGAUCAAACUACUAGCUCCGUCUCAAACAAUCACCGUACGGUUGAUAACCACGAUUUAGAUGAUGUUGAGAAGAGCGAGAGAAAAGUUUGCUCACAUUCCCAAGAAAAAUCCGAAACAGAUGCCACUUCACUUGGUGAAGUUGAAAUUGAUACCGUCAAUUUUCAGGAAAGUGAUGGAGAAAGCCACGCAGAAAGUGAUCAGAAGAGACAAAACAUUGUCAAUGGAGAGCCUUCUGCAGGGGAUUCACUUAAGUCUUUGAAUUACAUUAAAAAAGCUGGUCCUGUCUACAUGAAUACCAAUUUCUCUGGAGACCCACUUUACAAAGAAUACGUUAGAAGCUAUUUAAGUUCAAAGGCUGUCAUAACGAAACCACUAGAUUUAGAUACCACAACAGCUUUGUUUCUCGACUACUUCCCAGAAGAAGGACAAUGGAAACUUUUGGAGCAGACUGGAAAUAACAGUGAUAUAUCUGAUGAUGUUGCAGCAGAUGGAAAAGUUCAUGUGGAGAUGCAGCAUGAUUCUCCUCUGAAAACAGAUAAUAUGGAUAAUGUUAUUGAACCAUCUUAUGUAAUAUUUGACCAUGAAAACCAGAAUCCUGAUGAAGGUAUGACUUCAUAUAACUCUAAUGAGAAUGAUGAAGUUGAUAAUGAAACCGCACAUGGGUCUGCUUUAUUUUUAAGAGAUAUUAUAGUUGACGCUUUAAAGGUCGAAGUUGGCAGAAAAGUAAGUACUGAAGACUUGGAGGAAAUGCAGUCCAAACUCUCCAAUGAACUGGAACAUGUUGCAAAUGCUAUCUCUCAGGCUGUUGGGCAUGAAGAGGAGCUUGGUUCAUUUAUCAAGAGUAAGGACCGUACUUCAGAGAAAGUGGGUACACUUCCUGCAGAACAUGUUGUGCAUGCUAUUUCAUCAGCAGUUCAGGGAACUAAUUAUUUGAGAAGGGUAUUGCCUGUUGGAGUUAUUGUAGGAUGCAGCUUGGCUGCUUUGAGAAAGUUUUUUGAUGUAUAUGCAAUAGAAGGUAAUGGCCAAAGCAAAGAGUUGAUCCUUGAUGAAAUAAGUGACCUAGAGAAAAUAAAUUCUAUCCCGACAGCUAAUAAGAAGAUUGAUGAAAUGCAUCCUAAUGGAAAAGUGUAUGGACUGAAGAGUUCAGUUCGCCAAGUUGAGGGAGCAGCUAAUUCAGAAAAUGCAGGCAGAAAAUCUAUUAUGGUUGGAGCUGUUACGGCAGCCCUCGGAGCAUCAGCACUCCUUGUCCAUCAACAGGAUGCUGAAAAUUUUGAGAGUUCGUCCAAGCCCUUUCAAGAUGAGAAAAAUCAAAGCAAAGAAGAGAGCAACCUUGAUGAGGAAACAGUUGAUAAAACUCACAAUAACAUAGUCACAAGCCUUGCUGAGAAAGCCAUGUCUGUAGCUGGUCCUGUGGUGCCUAUGAAAGAAGAUGGUGGAGUGGAUCACGAAAGGCUGGUAUCAAUGUUAGCGGAUUUGGGACAGAAGGGUGGCAUUCUGAAAUUGGUUGCAAAAGUUGCGUUGCUUUGGGGUGGUAUACGAGGUGCUAUUAGUCUAACUGACAAACUCAUCUCAUUUCUUCGCAUUGCUGAACGUCCUUUGUUCCAGAGGAUUCUUGCAUUUGUUGGUAUGGUGCUUGUUUUAUGGUCACCUGUGAUCAUUCCGUUGCUGCCCACACUUGUGCAAAGUUGGACCACACAGAAGCCAUCCACGACUGCUGAGCUCAUUUGCAUUAUUGGCCUCUACAUGUCUAUUUUCUUACUAGUUACUCUAUGGGGCAAAAGGAUACGUGGCUAUGAGAACCCGCUUGACCAGUAUGGGCUAGAUAUAACUUCAAUGCUGAAGGUCCGGAGUUUUCUGAAAGGUUUAUUUGGGGGAACCAUCCUUGUUUUGCUAUUACAUUCAGUGAACUCCUUAAUUGGCUGUGUCGAUUUCUGUUUGCCCAUGGCUCCUCCAACCUCAUCAGCAGCUUUAACCUGGCUAAAGGUGUAUGGUCGGAUGUUUUUUCUAAUUGUUCGAGGACUUGCAACUGCAACAGGCAUUGCCACUGUGGAGGAGUUUCUUUUCAGGUCAUGGUUGCCUGAUGAAAUUGCUGCUGACCUGGGAUAUUAUCGUGGAAUCAUAAUUUCUGGACUUGCGUUUGCUUUGUUUCAAAGGUCACCUUGGGCAGUGCCCAGUUUGUGGCUAUUGUCACUGGCUCUCGCGGGUGUUCGACAAAGAACCCAAAGUCUCUACCUUCCAAUUGGCCUGCGUUCAGGGAUACUGGCUACUAGCUAUAUCUUACACACUGGGGGUUUUUUGACUUAUCGACAAAAAUUCCCUCCAUGGUUCGCGGGGUCUAAUUCAGCUCAACCAUUUAGUGGAGUAGUUGGCCUUGUCUUCGCUUUGUCACUGGCAGUACUUCUGUACCCCGGGGAGCCUCUUCAUAGGAAGAAAAUAGUGAGGAAAAUCAAGGAAUAAAACAUGCAUGUAACCUUGUAUGGGCAAGAUUUGGUUAACAUGUGGCCAAAAUCAACCUGCAUCUUUAGGGAAGCUGAAAUUGCUGGUUGCUUUUGCCACUUGUUUGGUACAUGCUCUAGCUUGCUUAUAUUGGUAAGCAACUGAGAUCAUUGUACUUGAAGCAAAAACUGUGGCAGUGGAUAUUACCAGGAAGGAAGAUCUCCUUAAGUAAAGUUGUUUAUAAGUGUACAAAUGAGGCAAAUUUUGUAGCUAAGUGAAGGUGUAAAUGGGAAUUUCAAGGAACAUCUUUAUUCUACCUUAUACCUGUAUAUGUAAGUUGUCCGUUUGACUGCAAGGAAAUAAGCAGAAAUCAUUUACCACUGAAGUUCUAUAAUCUGGAAGAGCACGAUGUUCGCUCUCUGUAAGUA